UUUUUUUGAAAACAGAGGACACCUCGAUUUCAACGAAAAAGUGUAAGAAAUACAGAGUGACCAUUUCCCGCUUCGAACUCAACUCCAUCUUCGUAGCACCUUCUACCAAAACCCUCUCCAUUCCAUUUCCCCCAAUUCCACAAAUCAACGAUGGUUACUUGCAAUUCCAUUUCCCUUUCUCACAAUCUCCAUUUCUAUACCAGAUUUCAUCGCCUUCACCCGACGCGGCGUUCUCAUUAUUGCCGUUUUCGUUCCAAUGCUCUCCCAAGAGAUACUGAUGGAGCCAAAGUAGUGCACAAAAGACCAAGAAGAAUUGAAGGUCCUAGAAAAAGCAUGGAAGAUUCCGUUCAACGAAAGAUGGAGCAAUUUUACGAAGGGUCAGAUGGGCCGCCCCUUCGAGUUCUUCCUAUUGGUGGGUUGGGUGAAAUUGGGAUGAAUUGUAUGCUUGUUGGGAAUCAUGAUCGAUAUAUCCUCGUUGAUGCCGGUGUCAUGUUUCCAGGCGAUGAUGAGCUUGGGGUCCAGAAGAUAAUACCUGAUACAACAUUUAUUAAAAAAUGGAGCCACAAAAUUGAAGCAGUAGUUAUAACACACGGUCAUGAAGAUCAUAUCGGUGCAUUGCCUUGGGUCAUCCCAAUGUUGGAUUCUCAAACACCAGUUUUUGCGUCAUCGUUUACAAUGGAGCUUAUAAGAAAACGUUUGAAGGAUCAUGGUAUUUUUGUUCCAUCCCGAUUAAAAGUAUUUAGAACAAGGAAGAAGUUUGUAGCUGGGCCAUUUGAGAUAGAGCCUAUUACAGUGAGCCAUUCUAUUCCGGAUUGCUGUGGAUUAGUUCUUCGCUGUUCUGAUGGUACUAUUCUUCACACUGGGGAUUGGAAGAUUGAUGAAACGCCAUUAGAUGGUAAAGUUUUUGAUCGGGAAGCUCUAGAGGAACUGUCCAAAGAAGGAGUCACAUUGAUGAUGAGUGAUUCAACAAAUGUACUCUCACCUGGAAGGACAAUGAGCGAGUCUGUUGUAGCUGAUGCAUUAUUGAGGCAUAUUUCAGCUGCUAAAGGAAGGGUUAUAACAACCCAGUUUUCAUCUAACAUUCAUCGUCUUGGAAGUCUGAAAGCUGCUGCUGAUUUGACCGGCCGAAAGUUGGUAUUUGCUGGCAUGUCUUUAAGGACAUAUUUGGAUGCAGCUUGGAAAGAUGGAAAGGUUCCAAUUGAUUCAUCCACUCUGGUGAAAGUAGAGGAUAUGCAUGCUUAUGCACCUAAGGAUUUGCUGAUUGUGACAACAGGUUCACAAGCAGAACCACGUGCUGCCUUGAACCUUGCAUCUUACGGAAGUAGUCAUGCUUUCGAACUGACAAAGGAAGACACUGUGUUGUAUUCAGCUAAGGUUAUCCCUGGUAAUGAGUCUCGUGUUAUGGAAAUGCUAAACCGCAUAUCAGAGAUUGGACCAACAAUAGUCAUGGGGAAGAAUGAAUGCCUACACACAUCUGGUCAUGCGUAUCGUGGUGAAUUGGAGGAAGUACUUAGAAUUGUGAAGCCACAGCAUUUUCUUCCCAUACAUGGCGAACUCUUGUUCUUGAAGGAGCAUGAAUUACUUGGAAAAUCAACUGGCAUUCGACACACUGCUGUUAUUAAGAAUGGAGAGAUGCUCGGCGUUUCACAUUUGAGAAAUAGAAAAGUCCUUUCUAAUGGUUUUAUUUCCCUUGGAAAAGAGAAUUUGGAGUUGAAGUAUAGUGACGGUGACAAAGCAUUUGGCACAUCAAGUGAACUCUUCAUUGAUGAAAGACUAAGAAUUGCAUUAGACGGCAUCAUUGUAGUUAGCAUGGAAGUAUGUCGCGCUCAAAGUUUAGACAGUUCGGUUGAAAACACCUUAAAAGGAAAGAUAAGAAUUACCACAAGAUGCCUAUGGCUUGACAAAGGGAAGCUGUUGGACGCACUCCAUAAAGCUGCUCAUGCUUCUCUUUCAAGCUGCCCUGUAAACUGCCCACUGGCUCACAUGGAAAAGACUGUGUCUGAGAUGUUGAGGAAAAUGGUGAGGAAGUAUAGUGGCAAACGACCUGAAGUUAUUGCCGUCGCUAUAGAAAAUCCUGGAGCUGUUCUUGCUACUGAGAUAAACACGAAGUUAUCUGGAAAAUCCUAUGUAGGUGGGAUAUCAACAUUUAGAAAUGUGGUGCAUAAAGAAAAUCAAUCCACCAAAAUGCAAAUGAGAGGAGAUCAAGAAUGAGAAGAACAGAAAGGAGACAUGGCUAUAUCUGGAGGACAUGGAAAGCGUUUGAUAACGAGGCACUGGCAAAAAAAUGACUUGGAGUAUGGUGAACAAGACCAGAUAAAUUUGCAAAAGCUUUUGCUUCAAGCUUGAUAAUGUAAGUGGUCGGUAUGAAGAUAAUCCAUGGGUUGCAGUAUUAUUGCAUCAUGGAUCUGUGAGUUUGAAGAUCCCUAAUUGUGAGGAGAUAGGCGGCAUUCAAAGGUAUUGCCAUAUACACCAAUAAAAGUUAAUGAGGGAUUAAGUACGCUGGUUUAGGGGAUGAUUAAUGGUUCCCUUCAACCAAAUGGAUAUGUACCUUUGGGUUGUUCUGAUGUCAUUAAUUGGCAUAUAAAUAGAUGUUAAUGUAGGAUUGAUAUACUAAUUUUAAGGAUACCAAAAUAAAGUUAUUAUUCUAUUAAUUGUCGUAAUUA